AUGCUCAACUUUUUCGGCGCACAUAAGAUAUAUCUGCCACCUAGUGCCUGGAACAGCGGUGGCGGACAGGCACCCACUAGGCCGACAAUCAAGCAGAUCCUCGCACAAUUUCCAGCUAUGGAAAGACUAGAUAAGGUCCCUAGAGAGAUUACAUGCGCAGAACUUCAAAAGGAUAUACUUUUAUUAGAAGAGCAAGAAGGAUCCGUUAAUUUCAAAAUAGGCGUAAUGCUCAUGAAGCCUGCUCAAAAAACAGACGACGAAAUGUUAUCAAACGGUGACAUGACGGGUAGCCAUUCUAUCUACACAAUGCACCAAGGACACGAGAUAAUGUUCCAUGUGUCUACAAUGUUGCCGUUCUCCAAAGACAAUAAGCAGCAGAAGUACUCUUCUGAAGUAUAGUAUAGUAGGUAUCCGUGAAUUCACCAGCAGGCCUACCGCGUUCGAUUUAAUUAGCAUGGGAUUCAAUAAUAUGACACUCAACGUUCAUUAUUCUACAGCGCUUAAUAUUGAGUCGAAACCAAUAAAGUUACUGAAUAGGCCUGCAGGUCCGGAUGGGUGGAUCCACCUUCGUGGAAGGUAUCUCACAUACCGCUAUUGCUCGCGGCGAAGCAUUUGGAACGAAAACGGCACAUCGGCAAUGACAUCGUGAAUAUAAUAUUCACAGAAGACUCUGUGCACAACACUUUCAACCCGCACACGGUAACAGAUAUAUUUGCUGUGGUGUCGGAAGUGGAAGGCGAGGGCUAUAGAUUGAGCGUUUAUAGUGACGAUACAGUACCACCUUUUGGACCAUCUCUGCCGUGUCCACCAAUCUUCAACGAUCCUCAACUCUUCAGGGAAUUUUUACUAGUAAGUUGUAAUUUCAUUUAGCCUCACUGGCAACUAACCGGUGACCCGCUUUUGGACAUUUUAAGAUAAUGAACUGUUUUUUGGCCAUUUUAUGAGUUACGAGAAAGCGAAUGCUGGCACAUCACAGCUGUCAACAGUACAAUGCAACAUUUUAAAAACAUUCACGCUAAAGUAAUAUUAUUUGUCUGCAUUAGCUAGAACUCCUUUCGUAAGAUUUUAUUUGUCGUAAUUUUCAUCAUUUGUCGUGUAUAUCCAUUUCACUGA